GCUUCCGGUGGGUUGACUGGAGAAGAGAUUCGGGCCUCCCAUACCGCCCGGAAGGAGGGAAAGUUCGGGGAGGACGAAGGCAGCAACUCUUUUAAGGGCGCCGAACGUUCCAGGGAAGGAACACGUCGGAAGGAACUUCCCUUUUUUCGAAAUCGGUUCGUCUCUCACCCCUAUGCCUUCUUCCCGGCGAAAGCCAAAGAAAACGCCGUUCUGGUCCUCGCCGGCGCGGCGCAGCGCCGACGGAACGCCGAGACGACCGACGGGCGCCGGCGGCCGUUGCGACAUGGGCGGCGAAACGGCCGCGGUCGAAGAUUUGCCGUCAGUAUCGAGGACGACGGCGCCGAGAGAAGACGCGCGCGUUCGGACUCCCGGUUUAAAUUGUCGUGCAGCGGCUGCGAAUGCCGCUCCGCCGCCCGCUCUACCCAACAGUUCCAAAGUUUUGCCACGACAAAUGGCUUCUGUUCGUAAGUUUCUGUUCGUGACGGUGGUGGGUCUGAUGACGUACGCCGUGGCGGAAAGCUGCCUUUGCAUGAACUUUCACCCUCAAGAACAUUAUUGUUCGGCAGACUUCGUGGCUGCGGUGCGGGUGAGAAGAAUGAGGAAGAGCGACGCCGACGUCCACGUCUAUCAGAUCCGAACGAAAAAAAUAUUCAAGGCCAACGGCAAAGCGGAAGAGGCCCUUUCUCACGGUCUUCUAUGGUCCAAUAGCAAAGAGGCUAUGUGCGGACUACGUCUCCGUCCGGAUAAAUACUUGGUGACAGGUCGAAUCACGGGAGAGAAGCCCUGGGUUUCCGGCUGUAACUUCGUGCAGAAGUGGUCGACGUUGACCAAGAAGCAGAGGAAAGGUUUUCGCCGUCUCUACCGACAGGGUUGCCACUGCAAGGUGAGGCCGUUGUUCGGCUCUCGACGAGCCACCAAAGGUCGCUACUGCUCCUGGGAGACCGUUUGGACGGACUCGGACUGUCAAGGAAAGCAUUCCCUGUGCGUGCCUACUCCCGGUGACGGAGACCGAUGCUCCUGGGUGAAUAAUUCCGCCUACCGACACUGCAUGAAGCGUUUCCGGAAGGAAAAGGAAGAGAGAAAGCAUCCUUAGGACCGGCACCCUCCGGACGAACUAUUUUUUGUCCCCUGUACGUAGACGUAUUUGUAUAUAAGUGUACACGAGCACGCGCCAGCUGGCGUCGUGUACGUAAGUACCAGCGCCAACUUUUCGCCCCAAGGCGAAGUUCCGGAGUUUUCGCGCGAUUACUGGAGGAAGAGAGACAGAGGAAAAGAAAGUGCCGACGUUUCCGGUACCGAAAAGUACUUACAAAUGUCGACAGCAGAAAUUGCAGUUCGCAAAACGUGUGUAUAUGUAUAUAUCAUUGCAUAAAUAAAUAGUAAAUAUAUAAAUAUAUAUAUAUAUAUAAUAAAAAACUGACAGAUCUUCUGUUAGUAAAUUUAUGUAAACUUUGUACAAACAAUCAGCCGACGUCGACUCUCUCCUUUCAAAAACAAUGUAUUUAUGAAAUAUAAUUAUUAUAAAUUUCGACGAAAGAGAGAGAGAGAGAGAGGCAUAAAUUUAUGUAUUAUUUUAAAGGGGCACUUCGUUGUCGUGCGUAUUUUAUAGUUAUUCGAUACUUUUCCGAUGUAUAGAAUUUGAAAUAUUCAUGUAAAUAAAACUUUCCUUAAUGACUUUUUAUAUUUUUUAAAGAAAGAGUUUCAUUUAUAUCCAUACAAGUUCGUCGUGACAUGUCGCGUUUACCGUAUCGCGGGUGACUUUACAUUUCAAGCCGAAGCCAAUCCCGAUUUUCCGGACGGACUCGGUCCCUGGAAAGAAUUUUUUCAUCGACAAAAGCACAAAAAUUCCCAGAAGUCGUUGGUAAACUAAAGGAUCUUCCCGUCUCUAGGACGAAAACCAAACGACAAGGGCAAAAUCCCAGUGUAUUUUUCUUAACGCCAAAACGUGUUCAAUCGAUAAAUAUGCAUUCGAAUGUACUCGAUUUUCUUCGUCUUUUGCUUAUAUUUAAGAAGGAACACUUCGGUAAAUUCCCACCGACGUUUGCUACAAAGAAAGCCGACGUUUGGAUUCGCAGCUGUGUUUUUUCCUCACCACGCGUUAUUACGCAACGAUUACAAAAUUGCGUAAAUGCCGGAUACGUAUAAGAUUACCCAUUCGUUUCCAAUUUUUGUUAAUUCGGGAUGCUUCGGAGGGCGAAGAAGAUUGGAGUAAACGACUGGGAAAUUUAAUUUAGCAACAAAUAAUUUCGUAUACAAAAAAAAAAUGUCAGAACCGGUUAGUCAGAAGGAGCGUUCUAGAAGGGGUGGUCGCCGGUAGAAUAAUUUCUCGGCCUAAGUCGGACGGAAUCCUCGCACCUUUCGUCUUCCGACGGGAAGGUGGCGGAGGCAUUUUACUUUUAGUUCGUCACACCCGGAGAACUGAACUUUCACCUUUCUUCCUCCGAACCAAAACUUAACUCCUAUUCUGGUUCAAUAAAUAAAUAAAAACCAUCUGAGAUGAAGGUCGUUCCCCACCGGAGACCCACCCCGAGUUUUACUUUAGUCGUCGGUUUUGAAAGGACGUUAACAGUCCGAAUUUGAGAGAGUGAGGUCACCGCGGCUGUAGUCUUGGGAUACAAUUUUCUUCUUUCUUUUCGAAACGAUAGUCUAACCGGAAGUUACGUAAACGUCUUGUAGUACAAAGCAGAA